CACAAAUGCAACUUAUAUCACACAAGUUAAGUAGGAAUAAUAGAUCGACAUAUAUAUGGCAGUUUAAUUAAGUAUCUUGUAUAGAUUUUGGCAAAUUACGCCAGUCUGAUUCUUAUGCAGUAAUCAAGSCAUGAAGAAGUACUUCUGUCAAUAUACGUCAUAAGCGGCAAAGCGAAAGUUCACAAUAACAUUGUAAAGAAGUCUGAAAAACAAGUUCUAAAGCUUUGCACACAGCGUUGACUUGACUACGACGGAUGAAAAUGACUCUAUGAAAUCCACUCUACUGAAAAAUCGUUUUCAUAUAGGAAGGCAAGAUGGCGGGCGGCCGUCGAGUGCAGCCAAGACGAGCACACCAGCCAGAACAGGGCCCAUCACGAUGCAUUCAGUAUACACUGAUAAUACUCAACAUGUUGUUUUGGCUGUUGUCGAUAUUAAUUAUAGCAAUCGGAGCCUACAUCAUCGUCGAAUCCAAAGACCACUUCAAAAACAUGGCAGACUUAAAAUUCCAGCCAUCGAUUUUUAUACUCAUUGCUGGUGGCAUCAUCUUCAUAAUCACUUUCAUUGGAUGCAUUGGAGCCGUGCGUGAAAACACAACACUCCUACGUUUGUACAUAGGGAUAAUAUUGGCCAUUAUACUAAUCGUAAUCGCGUGUGCUGUUUUGGCGUUUGUAUUCCGCGAUAAGCUCGAGACAACGAUAUCUAAAAAGGUGAAGAGUAUCAUACCUGUAUACAGAGCGGCUGGGGAUAAGUAUCUUGAUUUGCAGAACAUCAUUGAUGCUGUGCAGACCGAUUGGGAGUGCUGUGGAGCGGAAUCUUAUCAAGACUGGGAGGCGAAUGUGUAUUUUAAUUGUAGCGCACCGCUUGGUUCAUCACGAAGAUGUGGAGUCCCUUUCUCUUGUUGUAAGAAAGACCUUCAAGAAAAUCGUCAGUGUGGUUUCGGUGCCCGUGAUCCCAAAUUAAAAGGACUUCAAAAGAUCAACGCUUUGAAAGCAAUCAAUACUUUCGGCUGCGUUCAACARGGGACUGUGUGGCUGACAAAUAACUGGGCGCUACUUGGAGGAAUAGCUAUUGGGAUAUUAGUGCUACAGCUAGUAUCAGUAUUCCUUGCCAGCAGACUCAGUGAUCAAAUUCGUGAAAUACGCGACAGACGUGGUUGAGCAAUACCGGGAUACCUGUACUUUUUGUAUUCAUUACUUUACUUACUUACCCCCAUCUUCCCUAGUGGGAAAUAGGGCCAUGCACCACAGGAAUCCCAAUUCAACUAAAAACCGAAAGGGAUAUUUUUUUAUAAAAUACAUAUAAUGUACAAUAGACUUUUUAUGAUAGGCAUAAGAGGUCAUAAAUGGGACGUCACGUGAAAAGAACAAUUACGUAGUGCAUCAUGGUUGUGUUUCGCAAAUUUUCUAUUGCUGAAUAUUGAAGAUGGKRAGGAUGGGAACGUUUCCCAUAUUACCUCCUUCAAGUCCAGUGAUGCCUUGCGCGCGAGAACGACUGAGGACGAAUCAGUAUAGCUCAAAGCUAGGCCCGGUUCAUACGUCGAGCUAGCGUCGCGCCGAACUUAACCAAAUAGUUUGAAUUUAGCACAUCAUGAUAGCUCGAAGUUUCAAUUGAGUUCGGCGCGACGUGGCACGGCAGCGCCAGUCGUGUUGCACGGCAAAAGCUCGAUUCAAGUACAGGCGCCGGGAACAGCCUCAUUCCUAGGAUAGAAAACAAUAGAAUAAAGAAUUUGCACAUAGAUUCGAGGCAAUUUCCAGCUUGUACAAGGAAUUUUGAGAAAUAUAUUUUGUCAAUACUGCAUAUAGUGUAUUACCGCUGAAAAGGAUUCCUGCUAUUAUUGGACUUCUCGCUAAGAACGCAUUUACUGACAAAAUGCAAAAAUUCUAAACUAAAUUGCACACUGCUUUCAACCUAAGUUCUCCAUGUAUAUUAUCCAAACUUUAGUAUUCUUUGUAACACCAAUAAUUUAUAAGAAAAAAUAAAACACCGUCAACGAA